AUGUCCGAGGCUGGCGGGGCCGGGCCGGGAGGCUGCGGGGCAGGGAUCGGGCCCGCGGCGCUGCCCCCUCCGCCCGCCGCGCUGCCCCCCGCGCCCCCGCAGGGCUCCCCGUGUGCCGCCGCCGCCGCCGCCGGGGGCUCGGGCGCCUGCGGUCCGGCCACCGCCGUGGCUGCGGCGGGCACGGCCGAGGGGCCGGGAGGUGGCGGCUCGGCCCGGAUCGCCGUGAAGAAGGCUCAACUGCGCUCGGCGCCGCGGGCCAAGAAACUGGAGAAACUCGGAGUGUACUCUGCCUGCAAGGCGGAGGAGUCCUGUAAAUGUAAUGGCUGGAAAAACCCCAAUCCCUCCCCCACUCCUCCCAGAGCCGAUCUGCAGCACAUAAUCGUCAGUCUCACGGAGUCCUGUCGGAGUUGUAGCCAUGCCUUAGCUGCCCAUGUUUCCCACCUGGAGAAUGUGUCAGAGGAAGAAAUGAACCGACUCCUGGGAAUCGUGUUGGAUGUGGAAUAUCUCUUCACCUGUGUGCACAAAGAAGAAGAUGCAGAUACCAAACAAGUUUAUUUCUACCUGUUCAAGCUCUUGAGAAAGUCUAUUUUACAAAGAGGAAAACCUGUGGUUGAAGGAUCCUUGGAGAAGAAGCCCCCAUUUGAAAAACCCAGUAUUGAGCAGGGUGUGAAUAACUUUGUACAGUACAAAUUCAGCCACCUGCCCUCCAAAGAAAGGCAAACAAUCAUUGAGUUGGCAAAGAUGUUCCUAAACCGCAUCAACUAUUGGCAUCUGGAGGCGCCGUCUCAGCGCCGACUGCGCUCUCCCAAUGAUGACAUUUCUGGAUACAAAGAAAACUACACAAGAUGGCUGUGUUACUGCAAUGUGCCGCAGUUCUGUGACAGUCUACCUCGGUACGAGACCACCAAGGUGUUCGGGAGAACGUUGCUUCGCUCAGUUUUCACCAUUAUGAGGCGACAACUCCUGGAACAAGCAAGACAGGAAAAGGACAAACUGCCUCUGGAGAAACGAACCCUAAUCCUCACACAUUUCCCAAAGUUUCUGUCCAUGUUGGAAGAAGAAGUUUAUAGUCAAAACUCUCCCAUUUGGGAUCAGGAUUUUCUCUCAGUCUCUUCUAGAACCAGUCAGCUAGGAAUCCAAACAGUUAUUAAUCCACCUCCUGUGGCUGGGACAGUGUCAUACAAUUCAAACUCAUCUUCCCUGGAGCAGCCAAAUGGAGGUAGCACGAGUCCUGCCUGCAAGUCAUCUGGGCUUGAAGCAAACCAAGGAGAGAAGAGGAAAAUGAAUGACUCUCACAUUCUAGAAGAGGCCAAAAGACCCCGGGUUAUGGGGGAUAUUCCAGUGGAGUUGAUUCAUGAGGUCAUGUCCACCAUCACAGACCCUGCAACCAUGCUCGGGCCAGAGACCAAUUUUCUGUCGGCACACUCAGCCAGGGACGAGGCAGCGAGGCUGGAAGAGCGCAGGGGUGUCAUUGAAUUCCAUGUGGUUGGCAAUUCCCUGAACCAGAAACCAAACAAGAAGAUUCUGAUGUGGCUGGUUGGUCUACAGAACGUCUUCUCCCAUCAGCUGCCCCGAAUGCCAAAAGAGUAUAUCACACGGCUUGUCUUUGACCCGAAACACAAAACCCUUGCUUUAAUUAAAGAUGGCCGUGUUAUUGGUGGUAUCUGUUUCCGUAUGUUCCCAUCCCAGGGAUUCACAGAGAUUGUUUUCUGUGCUGUAACUUCAAAUGAGCAAGUCAAGGGCUAUGGAACACACCUGAUGAAUCAUCUGAAAGAAUAUCACAUAAAACACGACAUCCUCAACUUCCUCACAUACGCUGACGAAUAUGCAAUUGGAUACUUCAAGAAACAGGGUUUCUCCAAAGAAAUUAAAAUACCCAAAACCAAAUAUGUUGGCUACAUCAAGGAUUAUGAAGGAGCCACCUUAAUGGGAUGUGAGCUGAAUCCUCGGAUUCCGUACACAGAGUUCUCUGUCAUCAUUAAAAAACAGAAGGAGAUAAUUAAAAAGCUGAUAGAAAGAAAACAGGCCCAGAUCCGAAAAGUCUACCCUGGACUUUCAUGUUUUAAAGAUGGAGUUCGACAGAUUCCUAUAGAAAGCAUUCCUGGAAUUAGAGAGACAGGCUGGAAACCAAGUGGAAAAGAAAAAAGUAAAGAACCCAAAGACCCUGACCAGCUUUACAGCACGCUCAAGGGCAUCCUCCAGCAGGUGAAGAGCCAUCAAAGCGCUUGGCCCUUCAUGGAACCUGUGAAGAGAACAGAAGCUCCGGGAUAUUAUGAAGUUAUACGGUUUCCCAUGGAUCUGAAAACCAUGAGUGAACGCCUCAAGAAUCGGUACUACGUGUCUAAGAAAUUAUUCAUGGCAGACUUACAGAGAGUUUUUACCAAUUGCAAAGAGUACAACCCCCCUGAGAGUGAAUACUACAAAUGUGCCAAUAUCCUGGAGAAAUUCUUCUUCAGUAAAAUUAAGGAGGCUGGAUUAAUUGACAAGUGAUUUCCUUUCCCUCUGCUUCUUAGAAACUCAUCAGCAGUGUGCCUAAAGCAAGAUGGUUUCAUUUUAUUGUUUUCUUUUGUUGUUGUUGUUGUUUUAUUUUAAAGAACUGAAUUGGAGAUGUCUUUGAAGAGACUUGUAAAUGUAAUAAUUAGCACUUUUGAGAAAACAAGACAACCUCCUGUUAGCUUUUCAGAUAGGUAUUUAAAUUGAAGUCAUAGAACAUUUUUAUUUGAUGGAAUAGAUUUGAAUCUAUUUACUGCUAGGAUGUACAUUUUCUAUGACAAGUCCAUUAGCCCACUAUUCCAUGAUAGAAGAUCAGGGGUUUUCAGACCGUGAAUGUGUCCAUUUUUUUUUUUCCUAAUGGAAUGUGAGAGUGUAGUUUUAUUUUAUUCUGAAGGACUUGAAGGAGGAAAUAAUGAUAAAAAGCCCAUAAAAGGUGAAAUAUGUGAUGUUUGAAGUCUCACAAUAGACUCUACAUGGAUAUUUUUUAAAACACUCAUCUAGAUGAGGUGCUCUGAGCAGUUCUGAAAAAAAUUGCAGGUCCUCAACUGCAGCUGCUUUGAUUCCUAAGGAAGAGAUUCUAAAUAAUGCAAACUUUCUUUUUUUUUUUUUGUAAGCAUCUGGGGUUUUGAUAAUUCUGUCUACAUACAACAAACUUGUGAGUACUUAACCACUAUUUUACUAAUUCUUUACACAAAUGUGAGAUAUCAUAUUUGACUUUGCUUAUGCAGGACAUAAGUUCAAAAAAAAAAAAAAAAGGUAAUUUCCCAAGCCACAAAGGCAUAAAGUUGAAAACACUUGAAAUGGAGACAACAUGCCUUAAUAGGAAAAAGACAUGUAUUCUAUAUGUGUAUCAAGCAAUCUGGUGGAUCCUUGUUCUAAUAAGUGAGGAUUUUUACUUUUCUAUGACAUGUGUAACUCCAUUAAAAAUGUGUAUGCGAACAUUUUUUUUUCUUCAUCUCCAGAUUAUGUUUAUUGUCUGAGAUGAAUUAAAUUCCCACCGAGGGUGGUGUCAGCAUUUUAACACCUAAUUGCUAUUCUGGGUUCAGGGUUAUAUCCCACUACCAUCCAUCAUACAGUCUAUUCCCUAACCUGUCUUGGGAUUCCAGCUUAGUGCUUACAUUUUAAUCCUGAUUACACUACAGAGAAAGUGCGACACCUACCAUACCCCAACUCUGGGAAAACCAACUAAUAUACAACCAUACAAAUGAAGCCAUCUCCACAGUGUUGACACUAAUUUUUAUGAUGCAAAUUUGUAAACUGAUUUUUGUAAAGGAUGAGGUUUUAAAAAUGUAUUUGUUUUCUAUCAGCAUAAAUUAAAAUGGGUCACGAAUGUUUUUAAUGAAAACAGUCACCAGAGAUAGCAAGCAUGAAGGAAAUACCCGUAAAAUGGCUAUGAAGUUGGAAGUGUUGUUUUUGAGAUGUAGAUUUUUCAGAAUGCUCACAGUGAAACAUGCCUCAACUUUUCCAAGUAUAAGAAACUACCUUGAGUGGUGUCUUAGAUUUCUAAUGAAGAAGGAUGCUACAGUUUGGAUUAAGUAUCUUGGACUGGUUUUAAACAGAGCUUUGUACCGGAUUUGCUGAAGCAUCUGUCCAGCUCUUGGUAACCUGUGAAAGUUUGUUAUUUUCUGGGUAGACAUUCUUAUAGAGUAUUGUCUUUAAAAUCAGAUCGUCUCUUCUAUAUUGAAAGCAUUUUUAUGUUUUCUAAUUUAAAAAUUAAUAUUUUCUUAUAGAUAUUGUGCAAUAAAGCUGAAGUAGAAUGUGUGGUUUUUGCAAAUGCUUUAACAGCUGAUAAAAUUUUACAUUUGUAAAAUUAAUAUAUUGUACUGGUACAAAAUAGUUUUAAAUUAUAUUUUGAGAAGCUCCCAA